GUGUGGUUUAUACCAAACCAGCAUCCAUCCUUACAAUGUCAUUGGACGUUUAUUUUAGGAAUCUUUGGUGCGAGACAGUCUUACCUCGUUCAGCUCAGCACGUAUACUUAUAAUGACUCUGUAGAAAAUGCAGAAACCUUCCUUCCUGGAACUGUAUUGCCAUUUGAUGUGAAGAGAUACAAAGGCUUUGUAGCCAAGGUGAAUUUUACAAGAAGUGGGGUAAAGCCUGUUACUCUAAAAACACAAUUUGCAAUGCAAGCCAGCAAAGUAUUAGAAACUUCCAUUAAUUGUCAGAAGUUUCCUUGUGAAUUACUGGAAUUUCAUAUUAGCAAACCAAAGUCUACUGAUUCUAUAAUAACCACAAGAGGAAAGCAGUUGACAUUGUAUUUAUCCAUGAUGUUGAACUGUGUGGCAUCACACUCAACAACUAUAACAUGGAAAAUAUAUAGCAUCUACAGCAAGAAUUCAGUACCAGACUGGAAUAACUACUUAAAUGUUCCUGAGAUAUUUCCAAUGAAUCAGACUACAUUGGUCAUACCAAAGAAUUCCCUCAACGUUGGAUUCUAUCUGUUUCGUGUCUCCACUGAUAUUCCUCCGGACGAUGACGACAUAGAAAAUAGGCGCAGCAAUUCAGAUACUGUUAUUGUUGAAGUUCGAGAAAGUGAACUUGUCGCAGUCAUCUCAGGUGGAACUUUUAGAACAGUUGCUUUUAGGAGUGCAUGGAUUCUAAAUGGGAACAGUUCUUCAGAUCCGGACGUACCAGAUGAUCUAGAUGACCUAUCAUUUCUAUGGUAUUGUACGAGAAAUAUAGACGACUACAAUGACAUGAAACUAAGCAAUAAUUCAAGCUGUCACCCAGCUCAGAAAGACCUUACAUGGCUAAACCCUUUUGAUGUCACUCAGACUGUUGAUGCUGAGCAACUUCAAGGGGGCAGAAGUUAUCACUUUCGCUUGCUUGUUGAGAAAUACAAGAGAAGCAGCUAUUUUACCCAGACUGUUUUUGUUCAAAGUGGUUCUCCACCCCUUGUGACUUUGGAAUGUAUUGAGAAUUGCUUUACAAAAUUUAUUCCAACCGAACGAUUCUCAUUAUCGGGAAAAUGUACAGAUUGUAGGGCAAGCAGCUGGCCAGAAUAUCAAUGGUCCCUGUUUCAGGGAACCACUGAAUUGGACUUUGAUUGGGCCGCUAAAACUACAACUGGAAGGUUUGCUCCCUACAUGUCUAUAAUGCCCCUAACAUUUUUAAAAAAUGUUGACAGGUGGUACACUCUAGUUUUAAAAGUCACAACCUGGUCUGGGGCACAAUCAACAAGUAAAUACUCAUUUUACGUCAAUGCUCCCCCAGAAGCCGGAAGAUGUUUCAUAAAACCAACCACAGGGGUUGCAUUGGAAACUAAAUUUAUUAUAGGCUGUAGUGGAUUCAAAGACCAAAAUCAGCCGCUCAUGUAUAAAGUCCUCGCAGCUGUAGAUAAAAACAGCAACAUAAGUUCUCUGCGGGACAAUCCACUCGGAGUAAUUGUUUAUCAUGGAUACGAAUCAACAACACCACCAAUUUUUCUUCCUGUUGGAGAGAAAAGCCAAGAUUAUAAAUUAACAUUAUAUGUUCAAGUAUACGAUGCUCUCUCUGCUUACACGGAAAUAUCACUGUCUGCAACAGUUUCCGAAUUUCAGGACGGAAAACCAAAAGAGACAAUCCUUGAAAAUUUAAAUGCAAUGGUAAAUGGAUCCAACUCAUUAAUGAAUAAUUUAAUUAAAACAGGAGAUUUUAUCAAUUCAGGGCAUCUUAUAUACAUGGUAACAUCCAAUCUGAACAACUUUAAGACCACGGAAAUGACGUACUCUCUGAAAGAGGAGAGAACUCAGCUACGAGAACAUCUUUUGAACGUGUCGUCUAGUUUAACAGUCACAGACAUUAUGGGUGCGAAUCAGGUAAUUACCUGCAUUGCCGAACUCACUAAAGAUGUUAAAGAAGUGAAUCUCCACUCCCAGCAGCUGGCGGUAAGAAAGCUAAGUGAAGUGGCCAGUAGCCUAGCUACACAAAGACAAGAACCACUCGGUUCUGCUGAAAAGGAACGUCUGAGCAGCGGCAUUGUAACAUCAUUAUCCAGUGUUAUGAGUGCUGCACUACUGGAUAUUCCUCAGUCUGAGUCAGAUAUCCAAGAAGAGAAAGUUGAAGUACUGGAGCAGAUUCUAUCUGCAAUGGAAAUGUUGACAGAAGCCGUGUUACAAGGCAAAGUUCCUGGAGAAAACAAGACAACAAUAAAAGCUGCCACCUUUAACAUAAGCUUGAAGAAAGAGGAAACAUUGGAUCUCAUAAAUUCACCACUUCAAUUGAGGGAUGACAGUUGCCUUAGCUGUACGUUUGCUAAACUGCGUGUACCUUUAUCUGAUGUGCCCGCAGAUGCUGUUGUGAGCACUGCUUUCUAUGAAUUUAAAGAAAGCCCUUUUCCAUGGUUAAGAAAUGGAAGAGAUAUUGAUACAGACAUAGCUGGGUACUACAUGGUGGCUAGCAACAGCACGGGAGGUACUACAAAUCUAAUACCUGACAUGGUAGAUGUUGUAUUGGACAGAACACACAAGUUACCUGUUUUUGACUUGGCGUUUGAAACUGGAGCUACUACGACUGGAAAUCCUAAAAUGAUCAGUAUUCCAAUUGAAAUGUUACCAAAGACUGAAGCGGUAAUUGACCUUUCCAUUGAAUUGACGACGAGUUACUCCAUUACUUCUCAUACAAGAGUUCAAUAUUCAAUCUUUAAUGUGGCUUGCUUGGACUUCAGUGGAGCUGAACAUGAAUGGAAUGAUGGUAACUGCCAUGCAGGCCCUUUAACAGACACCACAGUAAUCCACUGCGUGUGUGAAAACUUAACAAAAUUACAGACGAGAGGUGAACCAUUUCUAAACAACAGACACACGUUUCUUGCAGCCAGAUCAAUUGUUCUACCUAAUCCUAUUGAUCUCACAAAGGUUACUCUGGAAACUCUAAAGGCAAAUUUAGUGCCCCUAGUCACUGUGAUUGGCAUAAUUGUCUUUUAUGCCUUUAUAAGUGUAUUUGCACACAUAAAAGAUAAGAGAGAUGUAACCGACAGACAAAAUGUAAUAAUAUUGGAGGACAAUGAUCCCUAUGAAACGGACAGUCUCUUAGUUACCAUUUACACCGGCAGUCGUUUUGGAUCAGGUACAAUAGCAAAUGUUUAUAUGAAAAUCUUUGGCAAGGAUGGAAAUAGCCAUGCACAUCACUUACAAUGUCACAGGCAAAGGGUUUUACAGACCAGAGGAUGCGACACCUUCUUGCUGAAAACUAAACAACCUUUAGGAGACAUUCAUUCUAUUGAGAUAUGGCAUAAAGCGAAUAUGAAGUCUAUAAGUUGGUAUCUGAGCAGAGUUCAAAUUGAAGAUUUACACACCAAGAAAAAAUGGUUUUUCAUAUGUCGCACUUGGUUCGGUACCAGUAAAAAGAAUGCCGUCCCCCAAAAGAUGUUUACCCCAAUAGACAUAAAGCAGCCUUUAGAGAAAAAAGACUUUUUCCUAAUCAGUUCAUACUACGAUUUAUUUCUCGGCAAUUUGUUGCUGUCUGUAUUUGCUCCUGAUGUUCCGACAACUUCUACAAGAGCCCAAAGACUUGCUUCUCAGUUUGUGAGCUUCAUGAGCGGUCUGUUUUGCAGUAUGAUGUACUACAACAGAAAAAAUGAUGAACAAGAAACAUGGAACAUGGAACACCUCCUCAGAUCCAUAGCCGUAGGAGCAGUGACCUCAAUCAUUACAAAAAUAUUUCGAUUAAUAGUCGACAAAUUGUUUGCUGUUGCACGAAAUACGUCUUUAGACAAACAGCAGGAACUGACUGAAAAUGUCUCAGAAAAUGAAUUAUUGGAUAGCAGUUCACCACCUAGGUGCUUAGAAUGUCUGUAUGAGGAAUAUUCCACAACUGAUUCCACAUCUGAAGAGAAGAUGAGUGAACAAGGCCAGAAAGAUGCACCAGAAACAAAUGGGCAAAACAGCCCAUCUCACGUAGAUGAGGUAAACAUUACAGUUGAGGAAGAGAAACUUGGAGAAAUACCUAAAGGCAAAGUAAAAAGGGCCAGAAAUGUCUGUCUUUGUGUUGCCUGGAGCACAGUUAUCUGCUUCUCAACCCUGUCUGCUGUUUUAAUAGUUUUGUACGGACUCUCAUACGGACAUGAAAUCUCAAUGGAGUGGCUCAUAGCUUCUGGGACGUCAUUCCUCAUGAGUGUUUUUAUUCAGCAUGUUCCUAUUAUAUUAGUACUAUCAUUGAUUAAAUCAAUACGUGCAAAAUAUUGUAACGAUAUUCCAUGGGUAAUAAGGAAUUAUGUUCCUGUGAUGAAUGAGCUUAAAAGUGAAGAAGAAAUUAGAUAUAUGCAGUUUAGAAUAGAAACACUUCGGAGCAGCGAAGCCUACCAGCCUAUAACACCUACUGAGUUCCAAGUAAUAACAACGGCUUGGGACUGCAAUGUGUGA